AUGAUGAUUAGAACACGUUUGUCAUCACGUUCAUUCCAAUCAAGAAUGAAUGAUGAAACUUUUAGUGAUGAUCUAACAACAUUAAAUCAAAAUUCAUCCUCAUCCAUUUUAUAUCGUACAUUGAAUGUUCACUGUGUUAGUCAAGAAUAUAUAAUUCGAAAAGAAAAUUCUUCACAAGUUACUACAACAGAAUCGGUUGAACAUGGACAAUUAACGUCCGAAAAUACAAAAACAGAAGAUGAGACUACUGAAUCAUUACAAAAUCUUUUGAAUUUAACACCAAGAAAUAUUAGCAUGAUUGAAUUAAUAACAACAGAACAGCGAUUUGUACAUGAUAUGAAAAAUAUUUUAAAAACAUAUAUAAAACCAAUGUCAGAAACCAAUAUUCUAUCAUCAUCUCAUAUAGAUGCACUUUUUCUUAAUUGGCCAAGUUUAACGCGUACUCAUGAAAAACUUGCCAAUAAACUAAUCAAUGCUCUCAAAAACGAUGGAGAAGAUAUGUCAAUUGGAAAAAUUUUAUGUGAAUUCAUUCCUCAAUUGGUUACCGAAUACGAAAUAUAUUUUCGUUUCCAUCCAACAGCUAUGAAAUGUUUUCGUGAACACUUAAAAAUUUCUUCGAAAUUUCGCACUUUUAUGCAGAAAACAAAACAAGAAAGUUAUGGAAUAGGUACUAUGGGUGAUGCCAAUAUUUUAACAUUACCAUUGCAACGUAUCGCUAAAUAUCCGUUUAUGAUCUAUCAAAUUUUAAAAAAUACAGCAAAUAAUCAUCAUGAUUAUAUUGAAUUACAUAAUUCAUUAAAAGAAGCUAAUGAAUUACGUGAAACAAUAAAUAAUGCUAUUGACGAGGAGAUCAAUAGGGCGAAAUUUGAAUGGCUACAAAAACAUGUUGACUGUACAAAAAUUAAUGAAACAAUUAUAUUCAAUUCAUUAACAAACUUUGGUGAACAAAGAAAAUUAUUACAUUAUAGUCACAUACGAAUGACGAAAUCAACUAAUCAUCUUCUAUAUGCAAUGUUAUUUAAUGAUUUUUUACUUUUAACUCGUAUAAAACGACCAUUAAUAACAAAAGUUCUUCAAAUUAUUAAUCAAACACGAUAUAAUUAUCGACAGCAUCAAUAUAUUUACAAGCCAUCCAUGGCGCAAACAAAUAAGGAUUGGUUUGAUUCACCUGAAGCUAAUCAUUUGUAUUUAGUUGUUCAUAAAAAACCUAUCAUGUUACAUGAUAUACGAAACGUAAGAAUAACUGAAAAUGAUCCGUUAGCUUUUCAAUUUGAUUAUCAUGGAUGUCAAAUGAUUUUCGUGACGCAUGAUAUUAAUGAAAGACUUUUAUGGAUAAAAAAUAUAAAUGAUGCAGUUCAUGUUUGCCGUCAAAAACGUUUAGUUACUUCAAUGCUUCGUGCACCGGAAUCAAAUUUGAAUUCAGUUGUUUGUCAACCAAUUGGAAAGAUAUUUAUUCGAGAAAUCAAUGCCAUGAAUUUACCAUUAAUUUCAUUAGAAAAAAAUGGUCAUAAUCCGUAUUGUAUAAUCGAAAUGAAUAAUCAUCAACGCCAGACAACGCCUGUUCUUUGUGAUACAGCAAAAUUACAAUGGAAUAUUUUAUUUCGAUUUUUAAUUUGUAAUAUAAAUAAUGAUGUUAUAAAAUGUUCGAUCUACAAUCGGUCGAAAUAUACAAACGAUCGUCUUCUCGGUUCCAUUGAAAUUCCUAUUCGAUUUUUAGUUAAACGAGGAGUACGAUACGAAGAUGCAUCAUCGAUUUAUUCAUUAAAAACAAAUCAUUCCAUGGAAAUUUCAUCUUUAAAUUGUAAAACGCGUACAUUUUAUCUUGAAAAUUCAUCGAAAAAUUCACAAAUAUGUAUUAAAUACAUUGUUUAUCUAAGUGAAUAA